GUUUGGCUCUCUGUAUAACUCUAUUUCUUUUUGUUUUCUCUCUAGUACAUUACAACUAGGACUCCCAAAAAACUGAACUUUUUUUUUAUUUUAAAAUCCUAAAAACAACAUUAUUGCAAAAAAAUUGAAUUGUUCUUUUUUAAAAAAACAAAAACUCUAAACACGAUUUCAUUAGAUUUUUUUUGGGACUGCGAGGUGCAACUCUUGUUUGUUUCUUCUCUCUGAAGGAGAUGAAUACACCAAUUCCCGAAGAAAUAGUCAUUCAAAUAUUCACAUGGCUUCCUGUCAAAUCACUAAUGCGUUUCAAGUGCGUUGCUAAAUUCUUUAAUUCUCUUGUUUCUGAAUCAUAUUUUACGGAAAUCCAUACAUCUCAUUCUAUGAUCCAUCAAGGUGGAACAAAAUACUUCUUGAACGGAACGGAAUUUUAUUGCAUCGCUGAUCAGCAAAAGGAAUAUGGAAAAAGCUCUGCUUCCAGACUCGUUCAAAUUCGUAGUUCUGUUGAAUUCCCCUUCUAUAUCCCUGUAGGUUCUAAUAUCAGUUGCGUUAACGGUUUAUUUUGCAUACAGAAACCUCCUGCAAUUUUAAACCCUAGUACAGGAGAAGUAAGAUAUCUUCCCAAACUAAAUGAUGAUCGGUGUCUCCUUUACUAUUGGUUAGGUUUUGAGCCAGAAGAAAACAAGUACAAAGUUCUUUUGACACGAGAUGGUAGCGGAUUGUACAUAAAACAGUGUGUUUUCACAUUAGGCGUAGACAAAUCAUGGAGAAAGACUCAGAGUAUUUCCAGAUGUGUUUCGUACAAGCCCGGGGUUUGCAUCAAUGGAGUUAUCUAUAGGUUUGUUUUCCAUGGAGGAACACUUGCUAUAGAUGCAUUUGAUCUUAAAACUGAAAGUUUCAAACUUAUUGUAUUGAAGAAUUCAUCUAACUGGUGGUAUUACGAGUUGAUAGAGGUGCGGAGUAAGCUAGCAAUCAUUAAUUGUCCAACAUGGUCAUGUGAAUUUUUCAACUUGCGGGUUUUACGACAAAUUCAGAAAGAAGAAGAAGAAGAAUGGGAGAGUCAUAUCAUUCACUAUCCUUCAAUGUGGAAGCACAUACCACCAAAAAUCAUACCCCAUGUCAUAUUGUCAUGCAUGUUUUGUGAUGGGCAGAUUUUAUUCAUCCUCAACUUAGAGUCAGGUGCUUUAUGGUCGUCUUAUAAUAUCACAAGACGGAGUUGGAGAAAAUUAGAAAUGAAGGGGCUUUCCACGAACCACCGCAUCACAGGCAUUUAUAGUUACAGAGAAAGACUAGUUAUGUAGAAAUUAAGUCUCUUCUGUUUUAGAAUUUUUUGCACUUCUUAUGUUAUUUUUUAUUGCGUCGGGAUACUAAGCAUCAUUUCGUUUCGACAUAGUACCUAAAUAAAAGUAUAUGCCAAUACAAUUUUAUUUGCCGAGGAUGAUUAUUGCUAUGUUUUAUUAGACUCGGGGAUUUUAAAGCAGAAACAUAUCAUUCAUUUUCCUUCAAUGUGGAACGACGUAAUAUCUUAGGACCUAUGUCAUCUUGCAAUUUUCAGUCAAAUUCUCUUGAUUGCACCUCAUUAGUAGCGACUUACCGAUUAUUGCAAACAUCUGAAGCAUUCAGAAUUUGUUGCUGCUAACUCUCGAUCAUUGGAAACCUCUAAAACAUCUCUGUUUCCAGCAGCUUUUUGAUGACCAAUAUAACCUGUAUAAACAUCUAUUUAGCUGCACGAUUUUGCUCGGAAGUGACAGCAGCCAAUUGUCUUCUAAACCAGUAGCAUUACUUUGAUCGACACCUACAACCCUUUUUUUUCAUUUAAUAUUUCCCUCCCAUCACCUUGAUAUUUUUCAAAAUCGCUAGUACCUUUCAAAGCAGAUUUACUGGCAUCAUCAGUUCGUUUGUUAUUUAAGAUCAAACAGCAACUAAAGAGGUUUGUUAGUUCCACCCUACUAAAGAGAUUUCAAUGAAGAUAGGAAGAUUUGAAGUCGCUAGUACUUUUCAAUGUAGAUCGAAAGAAUUCAUCUAGUGUUAUUUUUCUCUAUUGGAAUUUCAACUUGUUUCUCUUCACUGAUAACUAGGGCACAUUGUUGAACAUGAGGUACAGUUGCGGUGCAUAUUAAACCUGAAAUAGGGAGGCAAAUAAGUCCAUACAUUAUAGGGCUAUAUAUACCAGAAUAUGAGAAAUUAUAUUUUCUUGUCUAAUUUUGUGGCAUUUAUAUAGGAGAAUUCAGUGUCUGGGAUAGCAGUGAGUGAUGAGCGGAAACUGAACUUUUCGGAGUUGAAAACGAAAAGGAACCACAGAUAUACAGUGUUCAAGAUUGAUAAUUCAAUGCAUCAACUCGCGAAGAUUUUGCCAAUGAAUCACCUGAUUACGUAAAUAACUUUUCGUACACUAUUGGUGUACAGAACUUAAGCUCUAAUUUGUUUAUGGAGCUAACUAAAGCAUGUUUACUUGUAUUCAUUUGAAUUUUGAAACCCUCUGCUUAUCAAUGGACUCUGUUUUUCAUUCUCUAAAAGCUAACAUACUGUUUACUUGGUUAUUAAACUAGAUUUCUCUUUUGCCCCA